AUGCCUUCCAUAGACGGUGCUAAUGAAGGUGGGGCUUCCACCAUAUCUUCUGCAGUGAGUCUUCUCAAGACUAUCAUAGGUGCCGGCUUAUUGUCCAUGCCGUUGGCCUAUUCCACCGAUGGAACCAUCUUGGGCACGGUAAUCAUCCUCGUUGCCGCAAUAACCUCGGGAUUUGGCUUGUUUUUGCAAUGCUACGUUUCCAAGUACACCACCAUUGGCCACGCCACUUUCUUUGGUCUUUGCUCCAUAACCUACCCCCAGUUAUCCGUGGUAUUUGAUAUAGCAAUCGCCGUGCAAUGCUUUGGAUGUGCCGUGUCGUAUCUAGUCUUGAUUAGAGACUUGAUGCCCACAAUUGUCUCUCAUAUCCCAUACGUUGACCAACGCUACUAUAAAUUGUUUUGGUUGUUGGUGUCUACACUAUUCACUGUUCCGUUAUCGUUCUUGAAAAAUUUGGACUCCUUAAAAUACACUUCCAUAUUGGGAUUAGUGGCCAUUGGCUAUAUAAGUGUGCUAGUCAUCACCCAUUGGCUCAUUGGCGAUAUCCCCAGAACAGGAAUCAUUGAGUAUUUUCCUUCGAGCGCUACAAAAGUCUUUAGCACUUUCUCCAUCAUUGUGUUUGCAUUCACAGGUCAACAAAACAUGUUUUCAAUCAUCAAUGAAGCCAGGGACAAGUCGUUACCCAAAUUGGCGCAUUUGGUUGAUUUCGCAAUCAUUUUGGCAACGUUGUUGUUUGUCGUUGUUGGCUUGACUGGAUACCUCACUUUUGGUGCCAAUGUCAAUGGUAAUGUCAUUUUGCUGUACCCCAAUGGCUGGACAACAACGUUGGGAAGAGCAUGUGUUGUGUUUUUAGUUGUCUUUUCGUUCCCGUUGAUGCUACACCCAGCCAGAAUCUCCGUCAACAACAUUUGGUACGAACUAAGGGCAAAAUUUACAAAAUUGAAAGCCAAAGAGGAAGAAGAAAAUGCAGAAACCAAUGAAAAUACUCAGCUAUUGAGCGAACCAGCAACAAAUGACCAAGAAGUCCAACUGAAACAUCGCAUUGUCCCAUUCCCGCAAUGGACGUUUACAACAAUCACGGUGGUUCUUUUAGUGUUGGGAUACACGCUUGCCAUUGCAGUUAAAUCGUUUGCAUUUGUAUUGGCAAUCGUGGGCGCCACUGGAUCAACGUCAAUCUCGUUUAUUCUACCUGCUUUGUUUGGUUACAAGUUGAUUGGUUCCGAGCUGGACGACCCAACCAAGUUGGAAAGAAUCUUGAAGGGAUUAUCUUUGGCGUUGGCCAUCUGGGGAGUCACCGUGAUGUUUGUGUGCUUGUACAGCAGCUUGGCUUUGUAA